AUGAAAUACUCGACCGUUCUCGUUACUCUUGCCGCCUUUGCAUUGACCGUCUCGGCUGUCCCUGUUCCUGGCACUGAAGCUGACACUGGCGCUGGCACUGACACUGGCGCUGGCACUGGCACUGGCACUGGCACUGGCACUCAAGAUGCAAGUGGAAAUGGCAGCACAGGUCCCGUAAAUGGUGUCCUUAACAACCCUUUGAAGGGUGGUAUUCUUAACAAGAGCAAGCAGGAAAUCAUCAUCUACCAGUGCGCCCAGGCAAACAGUCAAACGGCCAAUGACAAUGGCUCCACAGACUCUGUCGACGGUAUUCUUAACAACCUUGCAGAGAAAGGUGUUCUGAACGAUACGGAAUACACCAUCAAGAUUGUCCAGGGCUGCCCUAGUGACGUUAUGGCAGCCAAUGGCAAUGGAGCAGCCAAUUGCAAUGGUGAAGGCUCUGAAGAUGAAGCCAACUAG